AACUGUCUGCGGUACAUGGCGGGCGUGAGGAUCCGUCCCAUCCAGGUGGAGUUCCUGCACAGGUCGGGGAACUCGUCGUCAGUCAGAGAAGCCGGAUGAAGAGGAGCAGGAUGUGGAACCGCAUUUCUCAAUAUCUGUUUCCAUCACAGAGCGCCGAAACUCGGAGGGAAGCCGGAGGUAGUACAUGCACCGCCCAGACUGGAAGCGCCAUCCUCACGCCUCAGUUCAGCGGUGCUCAACGAGAUGUUCAAAUUACCUCUAAUGUAUACUAUCAACACGUCCCGUCUCCUGCUGAGCCAAAAGACACUACAGCUGAUCCUCCAGACAAUAAAGAAUAUAUCCAAAAGUGCCAAGCUGAACUUAAAUCUUUCCUUGAAAAAGAAACAAUGAAUUUGUUUCAAGGCACAGAGGAAGAUGAACCGACUCCUUUAGACAAAAUCUAUACUGAGCUUUUCAUCACCAAAGGAGGCGGUGGGGAAGUUAAUACUGAACAUGAAGUGAUUGAAUUAGGACGUAAAAGAUGUAAGGAGACCAAAAUCAACCUCAAUGACAUUUUUCAACCUUUACCAAACGAACACUACCCACCUCAGAGAGUUCUGACAGUAGGAAUCGCUGGUAUGGGAAAAACUGUCUCUGUGCUCAAGUUCACUCAGGACUGGGCGAGAAAGGAAGCCAACAACACUAUUGAGUUUCUAUUUCUAUUUACGUUCAGGGAGUUGAAUUUAAUCAAAGAUGAGAAAUGGAGUGUCAUGACGUUAAUUGCCCACUAUUUUGUAGAAGUGAAGGAUUUGAAAGCCUCGGACUACGAUGGUUUAAAGGUUUUGUUCAUCUUUGACGGCCUGGAUGAAAGCAAACUCCCUCUGGACUUCAAGAAUAACAAGGUGUGCCGCCGUGUUACAGAACUCACGACAGUGGACGUCCUGCUAACUAACUUAAUCACAGGGAAACUAAUGCACAAAGCCUCGGUCUGGAUCACCAGCCGACCAGCAGCAUCUGCAAGGAUUCCCUUUAAUUCCUUUGACAGGGUGACGGAGGUACGAGGCUUUAAUGACAAGCAAAAAGAGGAGUACUUUCAGAAGAAGGUAAGUGACAAAGAUAUGGCUCAGAAGAUCUUCGACCAUCUUCAGUCAAAGCCCUUGAGAAGUCUCUACAUCAUGUGCCACAUCCCCGUCUUCAGCUGGAUUUCAGCCACGGUUCUCCAGAGUCUCCUGACAGAAACUCACACAGGUGAGCUACCCAAGUCUGUGACUGAAAUGUACACACACUUCCUGAUCGUCCAGGCAAAGAUGACUCGCAAGAAGAAUUAUGAGGACAGAGAGGCAGACAAAGUGUUGAUCAUGAAGUUGGGAAAGCUGGCUUUUGAACAGCUGCAGGAGGGAAACGUGAUCUUUGAUGAAAACCACUUGAAAAGCUGUCAAAUUGAGCUGACACACGCUGCAGUUUAUUCCGGAGUUUGUACCCAGAUCAUCAAAAAAGAAUGUGGUCUUCACAAAAAAGAAAUGUACUGUUUUAUUCAUUUAAGUGUUCAGGAAUUUCUUGCCGCUCUGUAUGUCUUAGAGACCUUUAUCGAUAGUGGAGAAAAUCUACUUCCCAGCCAGACAGACAUGAAAAGGAAAAGAAAACUCCCAAUCACCUUCCUUCACAAGAAGGCAGUGGAUAUGGCUUUAGCCAACAACAAAGGACAGUGGGACUUGUUCCUGCGCUUCCUGCUUGGUCUGUCUCAGAAUGAAAAUCAGAAGCUGAUACAGAAAGUAUUUGGAUUUAAAGAAGGACGUCCAUGGAACAACGAGGAGACAAUCAACCACAUCCAUGAGAAGAUCAAGAAACUGUCUUAUGCUGACCAGAGUAUCAAUCUGUUCCACUGUUUGAAUGAGCUGGGGGAUCAGUCUCUGGUCCAGCAAGUCCAGAACUACCAGAGCUCAGGAGAUGUUAGUAAAAUGUUACCUGCUCAUUGGUCAGCUCUGGCCUAUCAGCUGCUGGUGUCCAAUGAAGACUUGGAUCUCUUUGACCUGAAGAAGUACUGUAAAUCAGAUGACGUUCUGCAGAGGCUCCUGCCUGUGCUCAAAGUCUCAAAGAUAGCUUCGUUGAGUGACUGUAAGCUGGCUGGUAGAUGUUGUCGGUUAAUUUCAUCAGUUCUCAGCCUUAAAUCCUGUUGCCUGGAGGAGCUAGACCUGAGCAGAAAUAAUCUUCAAGACUCUGGAAUGAGGCUGCUCGCUGUCGGUCUGAGAAGUCCAAACUGCAAACUCCAGAAGCUCAGGUUGGCUGGUUGUCGGUUUUCAGAAGUUGGCUGUGCUGAUCUUGCAUCCUCUCUGAGGUCAAACCCCGCCCACCUCAGAGUCCUUGAUCUGGCCAGGAAUGAGCUCCAAGACGCUGGAGUUGAUCGCCUUUCUGAGUUCUUGUUACAUUGUAAGCUGGAGAAACUGAGCCUGAAAUGCUGCUCGCUAACAGCAGACAGCUGCUCGCAUUUGGCCCUCUGCUGCCCCUCCUCUCUCAAAGAGCUGGACCUGAGUUACAACCAGCAGACGGACCGGGGAGUGGAGCUGCUUUGUGAUUGGCUGAGGAAACCUCAGUGUUGUCUGGAGAUCCUGAGGUUGUCAGAGAUGACGGACAGCGGCUGUACGUCUCUGGCCUCGGCUCUGACCCUGAACCCUUCACACCUGAUAGAGCUGGACCUGAGUAAGACCGAUCAACUAGGGUCCGGUGCACUGCAUCUUUCUCAAAUACAGAGGGACGAUAGCUACAGACUGCAGACUCUGACGGUGACACAGUGAUCAAAGGAGCUACAACAGAGACUAAAUGAUUCAUAUUACACACACAGUCUGAAACGAAAGAGGUUAUCAAUCAGGUCUCGAUGAUCGCCAGCAGCAGGGACUACCUGCCGCACAGCUUCAACGAUUUCCACCUGGAGACAGGCUGUUUUAGGGAUUGACAGAUUUGAUUCUUCAAGUCUUUUGUACGUGGGUUUCAUGACUUCAAAUCAUAAUAAAAAAAUAAGAAAGUAGAAGCUGUACAUGAUGGAGAGACUGUGGGAGUGAUGGGGCAGAUCACCACCACAUUUUUUGGUCUUGUCCAAAGAUAUGACUGUUUUGUGAAAAUAUCUGGACAAUCAUGGAACAGAUUCUUGGACAACUGUUUCCAUUAACUUUCAUCUCACUUUAUUUGGGUGAUCUGCCCGACGAAAUAAAAGGAGGUGAUAGAUACCUUCUGAAAAUAUUUUCAGUAGCAGCAAAAAAAGCGAUCACCCGUAAAUGGUUACAGACUGAUCCGCCCACAGUAGAUAACUGGUUUGAAUUUAUGAAAGCGAUUCACCAGAUGGAAAGACUGACUUUCUUAUUGAGAGUAAGAAAGGACUUGUAAAAUGCAAAAUGGUCAAAAUGGAGACAAUAUUUGACAGAUCAAUAGAUAAGGUGGUUUGCCCCACACUCAUUCUGACAACUUUAUGUUGUUUACCUCCCUUUCACUGAUUUUUUAUUUUAUUUUAUUUUAUCAUGUAAAUGAUGAGAAGCUAUUCAAAGACCCCUGGUGAGCUGCACUACUGAGGUUAUGACCUAAAAUUGAACAUGUCUAAAUGUCUGGCAAUUAUUCUGAUGUUAUGUUGUUGAUGUUUUUUCUGUUUAAAAAAAUAAUACAAGGGGCGCGCUGGUGGCGCAGUGGCAGGGCGCGCGUCCCAUGUGUUGAGACUCUCAACACAUGGCGUACUUAAGACGUUGAGCGAUAGGCCCGGGUUCGCUUCCACCCGUGGCCCCUUUCCGCAUGUCAUUCCCCGCUCUCUCUCCCUGGUUUCCGACUCUAU